GACAGGGGGGUAAGUAAGGAGGUGCCCAUACCAUGGCUCGUACAAAGCCGACUGCCCGCAAAUCCACUGGUGGUAAAGCACCCAGCAAACAACUGGCUACAAAAGCCGCUCUCAAGAGUGCGCCCUCUACUGGAGGGGUGAAGAAACCUCAUCGUUCCAGGCUUGGUACUGUCGGACUCUGUGAAAUCGUAUCAGAAGUCUACGAAAUUCUGAUUCGCAAGCUCCCCUUUCAGCGUCUGGUGCAAGAAAUUGCUCAGGGUUUCAAAACAGAUCUUUGCUUCCAGAGUGCAGGUAUUGGUGCUUUGCAGGAGGCAAGUGAGGCCUAUCUGGUUGGCCUUUGUGAAGAUACCAACCUGUGCGCUAUCCACGCCAAACGUGUAACAAUUACACCAAAAGAUAUACAGUUAGCACGCCGCAUACGGGAGAACGCGCUUAAGAGUCCACUAUGA